AUGAGGGGCACAGCGCAGAGCCCCCUGGUGCUGGGCCGGCACGCGGGUGCGCGGAUCGCCGAGGUGCGCGCCGUGGACAGCAGUACCGUCGCACUCGCUGCGGGGGCGAGCCAUCGCCCGUCGGUGUCGCAGCUGCUCGAGGCGGUGCCAGGAGUGUGGAGCUGGCUGAUCGUGGCCGGACCACAGGCCGCGUGGUGGCUCUUCCUCGUCGCGAGCGCGCAAUACUACGAGGAAAAGGACGGAAAAGCGUACUUCGAACUGAAGACAGCCCACUCCCUCGCCUGGUUCGACGAGCACUUGCGCCGGCACGGCCCGCUCCUCGCGCUCGCCCUCUGGGCCGCGCGCCUCCUCCCGUGCGUCCUGGGUCUCGCCGUCGCGGCCCCGCGGCUCCGCCGGCUGCCAGCGUGGCACUUGACCGCGUGGGCUGUCGCGGGGGUGUUCUACGCGGUCGUGGCGGGCCUGCGCGUGGGCGUGUACAAGCUGCACAUCGACGGGCACCUCCUGCACCUCCUGAAGAGCUUCAUCGCGCGCCAGCUCCACAUGAUGGGCCAUGACGAGGCGGUGAUGGAGAAGAUAGAAAAAAGAGUCUUCGAGCUCAUGUCCGACCAUAUUGUCCUCGGAGCCGCCAUAUACGGGAUCCUCCACGCCGAGCUCUUAGCAUCGUUCGUGUCCCUGUGGGCUGCGCGGGCGGACAGCGCGCGGGCAAAGGGCGGCGUGGUCGUGCCGGCGCUGUCGCUGCUGACGGCGCUGCACAUGGCGGCGUGCGGCGCGCUCAUGUGGCUCGUGGCCGCGGACAUGUCGGCGACCGCGCGCUACUUCCAUCCGCAGUCGGAGACGCUGGCCUCGAUGCUGGUCGGCGCGCUCCUGCAGGCCCCGCUGCUGCUGUGGGCGUCGGCGUAG